AUGCUAGAGAAGUCAAAGAACUCUAUGAUGCAAUCGCCAUUGCCGUGGUGGCUCUUCGGCACAGCAGGGUUGGUGGCAACCACGCUUACUGUUGGAGCUGCGGCACGCCUUACGCGGACUGGGGCGUCAACGCUGUACUGGAAGCCGCGUUUCAUGCACUCACCGAAGACCGAGAGCGAGUGGCACGAUGAAUUCGAUGUUUAUCGUGACUUCUGCGCUCGCUCCCAGCGCACCCCGAUGACACUCGAGGACUUCAAGCGGAACUACAAGUGGGAAUCGGCCCACCGCAAACUCGGUCAAGUGACGGCUCUCGCGUUCGUGGGGCCGCUGACGUUUUUCGCAAUGAAGGGCAAGAUUCCGACCCCAGCGCAAGCUCCAUUGGCGCUCGUUGCUGGGCUUGGAGCAACUCAAUUGUACAUCGGCCGAGAAAUGGUGGAGAAGAACGUCAAGCCUGCUGGAAAACGCAAAAGUGAUCAGCCGCCGGUGUUCGAAGGAGCCACUUUUUUCCUACCAGUUCAUUCAGCAUUAUCGCUCGCGAACUUCUCUCUUCUUGUCUGGACGGGGCUUGGGAUCGUUUCGCCCGUGUCUAGAGCGAUUUCGGUGCGAGGACUCAUGACGCCGGGUGUGCUAAAAGAGUUGGGUGAGGUUCGCAAACACUUUGUAGCGCUGACUGGCCUGGUCGCUGGUACUGUCUUCGCGGGAUCCCUGGUGGCGGAAAUCGACGGUGGUCGCGAGUUCCAAACGUUCCCCAAGAUGGGCGAUCGUUGGAUCCCGCGUGGUCUGUUCGAGCAAAAGCCGUUUCUACGCAACUUCCACGACAAUGUAGCUCUCGUGCAGCUUGACCACCGCGUGUUGGCCCUGACGACGUUUGCUGCCUACACUGCGGUGUUCGUGAAGGCACGUAAGCCCAAUAUCUGGACGAACAUCCCAGAGGACGCCAAGCGUGCCAUGAUGCUGGCAGUUGCAGCAGUUGGGGGCCAGGUGCUCAUGGGCGCGACAAUGCUGGUGAAUGAGGUGCCGACGCCGCUGGCGAUGGUCCACCAGGGCGGCGCGGCUUUGGUAUUGGGCUCGUCGUUGUGGGUGGUGCACUCGCUGCGCUUCGCUCGUCCUGGCGGCCUAAUGGGAGCUGCCGUGGCCGCCGCAGCCUCCAAGAUCACGUAG